CACGCACGAUGUCUAGGUCGUGGCGCAGAGAUCGUUCAACAAUUAUAUAAAUCACUCUUCUGCUGCUGCCUGCACCAUAAACACUUCCAAGUCUUUGACGUUAAAGAAAGCCAUUAUGUCACCAAAUACGUUCAACAUCUCCUGCCUUUGCGGUGGCGUCUCGCAGCAGGUUCAGCCUGUCGUUGCUCGAGGAGAGACUAUCGACUUGUCCAUCAACCAUGGCGACGUCGAUCGACACGCCACAGGCAUUCUCUGCGCCUCCUACUAUCCCAUCCAUGAACCUCAUCAAACGGAUGAUACGACUGCAUAUCAUGGCAUUGACGGGUGGACAAGAUACUUUUGCAGCAAGUGUGGAUGCCAUGUCCUGAGACGCAGGGAUAUAGAUGGAAUAAUCGUAUGGGAAGCAGCCACUGGCGUCCUACUGCACAACACCGCCGAGGACGUUGGCGCGGAUGCGCGUUUCGCAAGGCACACCGGCGUCUCCGAUACCAAAGACGGCGGGAUCUCGAUAUGGCUGUCCGAGAUUGAUGGGUACCGGCUGGAAUCGACGACAACACCGGUCACUCCAUCGUCAAUGUCCACGACGAAGCUUCCUCCCACGCCAGCUAUCUGUCCUAAAGACUCUCUGCACGCCUCAUGCGCCUGCGGCAGGGUGAGCUACCACAUCACACGGCCAACCGAAGAAAGCUAUCUACCGCACUCCGGCUUCCCCGACCUACAAUAUGCUCAAGUCGAACAUUCCGCCGAGUUUAUGAAGAACCCCGACACUGUAAAGUGGUGGAUUCGAAGCAACGGCACAAAGUACUUGGCUGGAACCUGUGCUUGUCGGUCUUGCCGCCUCAUCUCCGGAUUUGAGGUUCAGACCUGGGCAUUCAUCCCCCGAUGCAACAUCUUCUUUCACGUCCCCGGACCAGAUGAUGGCCAGUCCGGAAUCAUCCCUCUCAACUUCGCCGACUUGCCCGCCGGAAUCGUGAGGACGUAUGAAUCCUCACCUGGCGUCUUUCGCGAAUUCUGUGGUAACUGCGGUGCAACGGUAUUCUGGCGCGACAGUUGGCGACCAGACGUCAUCGACGUCAGCGUAGGGCUGCUUCGGGCAGACGAGGGUGCGCGGGCCGAGACGUGGUUGGACUGGUGGACGGAGCGAUGCAGCUUCGACGAAGAGACGGAAAGGGGUCGAUCAGGUGAGCCCGCACGCAUUGCCAGGAGACUCAUUCAUGGCCUUGAACGAGGCUUGCGCUCAGGGGCCCAGUCAAAGUGAUGCAGCUUAGUACUACGGCAGAUAGUCAUAGGUGAUUUAAUCAGAAACAAAUCGUUCACCGUGACGCUCUUUGCAGGUCGCUAGCAAGCCUAUAAUAGGCAAUUUGCAUAGUAACGUUCUUCUUGGCAAACAAGAUAACAAAUCUUUUUUGCUACGAACUAUAGAAAGAUGGAUCAAUCCGGCAAUCUGAAAUCUGGAUUUUGUUUUCUUACCCCUGAGACUAGCCAAGGAUAACCCGAGUCAUCCCAUGUCCGUUCCAAGUUUCGCAAUGAUUGAACUGCUUUCCAAUUCGGAUGAAACAG